AUUUACGCGAUGGACGAAUGAUCAAGAUAUGAUAAUCGAGAAACUACUUUUCCGUUUACGUUUCGCUAGUAAGAUUCCUAACACUUCCGCAUUAAUGGCAUCAUCAGACAUUGGCGCUGAUUUCAAGAAGAUUCUCUCUCAAAGUUCGAAUGUACUUUUCUUAACCGGUGCAGGGGUGAGCGCCGAAAGUGGUAUUCCAACUUUCCGAGGUGCAGGCGGUCUUUGGAGAACAUACGAUGCUACAAAGCUAGCAACUCCUGAAGCUUUCAGAGACAAUCCUUCAUUAGUUUGGGAAUUCUACCACUACAGACGCGAGUUAGUUUUGUCAAAGAAACCAAAUCCAGCACAUGUUGCCAUUGCACAGUUUCAGAAGAGGAUGAGAGGGUCUGGUAAACAGGCUUGGGUGAUUACUCAAAAUAUCGAUGGAUUUCACCAAGCUGCUGGGACCCAAGAUGUCGUAGAGCUUCAUGGUUCCUUGUUUCAUACCAGAUGUACACAAUGUGGCGAUGCUAAAGAAAACAAGAACAGCCCUAUAGUGCCAGCUUUACUCAAUAAAGGUGCUCCUGAUCCUAGUGCUCAAGAUGCAAAAAUCCCUGAAUCGAAACUGCCAAGGUGCUCUAAGCCAGAUUGCAAUGGCCUGGUUCGUCCUCAUGUUGUAUGGUUUGGCGAAAGCCUUCCUUUUGAUGCACUGAUGAAAUCAAAAGAGAUCAUGGAUUCUUGUGAUCUUUGCAUUGUUGUUGGCACUUCAUCACAAGUAUAUCCUGCCGCAAUGUUUGCACCAAAUCUUGCUCAAAGAGGUGUACCAGUAGCAGAGUUCAAUCUGGAGAAGACUGACAAGACCGACUGUUUUAGGUACCAUUUCCAUGGAAAAGCUGGAGAAACACUCCCACCUCUUUUAGAGGCUGAGUAAAUUAUACAAAAACUACAGAUAAAGUCAGUUAGGUGAGAUGAUGUACUAUAUAUACUUCAUUCUCUUCAAACAUACUGGCAGACUACAUCUUUAAAUUUAGCCUGCAAAGCUGGUUUUAAUAGCUUAGUCACAGAGAAGAGUGACGGCAAGUAGUUUAGUAAGCAACCAUUCAUCGUCAAGUGGAAAUGGCAAUAACAGCUUAUUUGCAUGCAGUUAAAUUAUUAUAAAUAUAUGCAAAUUAAUUAUGCAAAUGCCCAAGUCAGAUCAAUUAUGUUAUGAUUAUCAGGCGCGUAGCGUCCUUUACGCAUAUACGCACGUGCGUACCAGUGGCAAGGAAAUUAUAUAACAAUUUUCGGGAUUCUUUUUUAAUAAUUUUCUUUGCUUGCUUUCUCCAACCAAGGCUUCGUUAUCAAAAAGAACCUCAAAACGAUGGAAAUCGCAUUUCCAAGAGUUUUAUUUCAAAAUUUCCUGGGGAGGACCCCUACGGUGGUCGUUAGUCCCCAAAUCCAUAAUAUGUGUCGCGCUCCAUGACAUGUGCGUACUAGACAAAAAGUCCACGCUACGCGCCUGAUUAUGAGUACCCCCUCCCCCCCCUCCUAAAAAAUAUGACGCAAUACUUACGGGUAAUUAGUUCAAGGUAAUGAUUAUAAAAAUUCUUACACCAAAGGAAAGGACGGAGGAAAAUCAGAUUGCUACAUUGUAUUUUGUAUAAGCUAGAAUACAACAAAUAAUUAAAACAAUUUUCAACCUCCGAGA